UGCGCAGUGCGGCGCGGCGCGGCGUGCGGCCGCCAUGUCGCCGCGGAACGGGCGCCGCACCGGAGCGCACCGGGCGCACUCGCUCGCCCGGCAGCUGAAGACGAAGCGGCGCCGGCGCGACCUGGACGAGAUCCACGCGGACCUGAAGCCCGAGAACGCCGCGCGGCUUCUGCGGCAGGAGAUCGACCCCGACCUGCCGGGAUGUGCCCAGUUCUACUGCCUGCACUGCGCGCGCUACUUCGUGGACCUGAACAGCAUGAAGGAGCACUUCAGAUCCAAGGUGCACAAGAAGAGGCUGAAGCAGCUGCGCGAGGCUCCGUACACGCAGGAGGAGGCUGAACGCGCCGCCGGGAUGGGCUCCUACAUCCCCCCAAAGAAGGUGGAGGUGCAGACCCAGCCCCUCGAGGAGGUCACCGAGAUGGAGGCGUCCAGCUGAGCACAGGGACAGGGGACUGAGAGCCCCAGUGGCUCUGUAAGGACGUCUUUGUGCUCAGCUUUGUGAGAAAAGUCCCAGCAGCGCCAGCCAAAACCACCCUGCUCCUCCCUGGGCAGGGCACUAACGAGGAGAAGGAGCCAGCAAGACCCUGGGUGCCCUCACCGAGUGUCCUUCCUCUCAAAGGGACAAGCUGCUUGUUCUCUGAGUGCUGCUGGGAAUUCACACUUGUCUGUCUGCUUUUGGAGCAGUUUCUGCUCUGUCCUUGGGUCAGUGAUGCACCCAUUAAAAUAUGUAAAAUAAAAUAUGUCAACUAAC